AGGUCAAAAUUCAAAAGAAUACAGGCACAAUAUAUAUUACGAAACGGUGCGUUCAGCUUUUGGCAAGAGCAGAAGAAUCAGAAGCUGCAGUGCUGCACCCGCCGGUGUGAGUGUGACCAUCAUUGCUUUUCUUCGGUUUAGGGUCAGUGAACAGUUUGUGUCUUUAUUUCAAUAGGGAGCAAGAAGACUUCAAAUUUCGAAUAUGGCUGCAACUUUUGCUUCCAGAUGUUCUCGUGUUGGUCGUUCUCUGUUUGGUGGAUUGAGCAACAGUUCCCCUGGUUUACUUACGACAUCACAUGAGAUAACAUGCAACAAUUUGUUUACUCAGCAACAACGCACCUUCAUACAGAUGAGGACUGUUCUCAAGGUUGUGGAUAACUCGGGGGCCAAAAAGGUGAUGUGCAUACAGGCACUGAAAGGGAAGAAAGGGGCAAGAUUAGGUGACACAAUAAUAGCAUCAGUGAAGGAAGCACAUCCUAAUGGAAAAGUGAAGAAAGGAAAGGUUGUAUACGGGGUGGUUGUGCGUGCAGCAAUGCAAAAGGGUCGUUGUGAUGGCAGUGAGGUCAAGUUUGAUGAUAAUGCUGUGGUGCUUGUUGACAAGCAAGGCCAACCUAUUGGAACCAGAGUUUUUGGACCAGUGCCUCAUGAGCUCAGACAAAAGAAACAUGUCAAGAUUCUUACCUUGGCAGGGCACAUUGCAUAAAUGAGAAAAAAAGGGUCAUCCUUAAAUUUUGUUAUGAAUUCCAAUAUCACAUCUACCAUUUUUAUGUUUUGGGUUUUUUGGUGUGAUGUAAGUUUAGUACUUUUUCAAUUUAUGAGAAGUAAAACAGGAGGUGUAGAAGACUUCUACUUAAAUAACUACAACUUUAUUUGAUUUCUGACCUGAAAAUGAACUAGGGACACGAAAUUUGAUGUGUUCUUCAUGUGUAACGUAUGCUCUUUUUUUAUGCCUGAUUUGAUCCCAAGUCCGAUGAUAUAGAAUUGUAAGGGUCAAUUGCCGCAUCUAAGAUAUUAUUCGUUUU